AUGUCCCUAUUAAGAAGAACCAGAAUUUUAACCAUCGAUGGUGAUACUGACAAACUGCAUUUACCAAUUGUCAAGUUCCCUCCUUUCAAGCUACGAGGACAACUAAUUGAAAAAGAUCCAGUCGUCUGGGUACAUUUAUUAGAAACCUAUAUAACAUUUUUGAAAUUUUUUGUUUAUCAGGACUCUAUAAACCUAGAAAAUUUGGAUGAAUCGACUCAUGAUCAUUUUAUAAUAUUUGUCAAGUCCUAUAUUGAUGAAAUUUCCAAUGAAGAAGGGAAACUUUUGAGUUUAGGAAUGAACAGUGAUGUUGCUACGAACUUAGACACAAUGAAAAAACUAAUGUUACAAAUUAUAAAGAAUUGUGGUUUGAGUUUUCUUCAAAUAUUUGGCGAGACACUCUGGAAUUUGGUAAAACUAUAUGUCAACUUAGAUCCUGAUACGAUUAAACUGCUAAUUGGCGGCAGUUGGCAACCUAGAAUUCAAAGCGCAUCAAAAUUACAGCCGAGUAAAGGUACUGAUAUUCAGAAUUAUUUAAAAUCUCUGAUAGAGAACAAUAAGUUUACUAGGAUUGAUUUGAAGGCAUUACAAUCAUUGGUCGCUAAUGAUGAAGAUUUUGUAGAAUCCAAUUUUCUAAAUGCAAAGUGGUUCGAAAUCUUAGAAUCUUUAUGGGGCCAAGGACACAAACUAAGUAGUACUUUUGCGAGACAAUUAGCUAUUACUACGGUCAUUUCAGUCUCUAGUGAUUCCUUAGCUGAGUUCAUUAAUAAAGAUUUACGCAUUGAAAACGAUAUUGAAGAUUUAAAGCUGUAUCCUUUGUUAGGGUCGGUCUUACUGAGUCAAGGUUUCACUAAAAGAAAGCAAGAGGUUUUAACCAAAAUAAGGAUCUUAAAUAUCGCUACUAUGGAACAAUCUGGUACUGGAGUUAAUCCAAUUGGUAACGGAUUCGAAGUUAAUGAUGAAGACGUUGACUCUUUGAGUGAUUUGUUCCCUGACUUAUCUAGAUAUCAAAUUGUUCAAUUAUUACAACGUUAUGACAGUAAUAUUGAACUAAUAACAAAUUUACUAUUCGAGGAUCCUUCAAUAAUAGAGGGCAUUCCUAGGGAAGAGCCAGAAAAGCAAAUGAUAGCAACAGAAAAAUCCAAAUUGAUCGUACAGAAGAAAACCGAAGCAGACGCUACACAAAUUACUAAAAAACAUGUUCCUGAUGAGAUAAGGAAUAAAACUUUAACAAGAGCCCUAAAAUUACUAUAUCAGAAUGAUGAAGAUGAAAGAGACGACACUUAUGACGAAGCAGAAGCUGCUACUACUGACCUGUCAGUCAAAGUUGGUUCUUUAUCGGACAAUGAAGAAGGUGUUGGUGUGACGGAACAAAAAGAGGAUGCGAAUGCCAAUUUCAACACCACCUAUGAUAAGGUAGAAGGUAUUUUAUGGAAUUUACUUAAAGAAAAUAAAACAAUUUUUGCAAGAAGUGAGAGGGGUAGCAAGUUUAGAAAACAGCUCAAGAGCCAAACAAACUGGUCUGAUGAACAAAUUGAAGGUUGGGCACGUAUGCUUGAAAAGUCCCCACAAAGAGCAAGAAUCUUGGAAGAGAAGUUCAUGUUUAGAGGCAAUGUUAGGACAGGUAAGACAUCCUAUGUCAAGAACAGAGAAGAGGGUAGAAGCCCGCCUCCCAGAAAGGAGGAUAGACCCAUUCAACCUAAUAGAGAGAGUAACAAUUCUAAGAAGAAGAACUCGGCAGAAACGUCGAUAACUGAGAAGAAAAAGAAGUUUGCAAGGAAUGAGAAGAAUAAAGCAUCUAGGGCAAAUCACAAUCGUAAAAGUGGGCACGACAAGAAGUUACAACAUUAG